AUGGUGUUCAGACGUUUCAUGGAGGUUGACCGGGUGGCCUACGUCUCCUUUGGACCUCAUGCUGGAAAGCUGGUCGUGAUUGUAGAUGUUAUUGAUCAGAACCGGGCUCUGAUGGAUGGACUUUGCACUUGGGUGAGGAGACAGGCCAUGCCUUUCAAAUGCAUGCAGCUCACUGACUUCAUCCUCAAGUUCCCACACGGUGCCCGACACAAGUGUGUGCGGAAAGCUUGGGAGAAGACGGGUAUCAAUACGAAACGGGCAGCCACAGGAUGGACCACGAAGAUUGGUGCCAGGGAAAAGAAAGCCAAGAUGACAGAUUUUGAUCGUUUCAAAGUCAUGAAGGCAAAGAAAAUGAGGAACAGAAUCAUCAAGACUGAAGUCAAGAAACUUCAGAGAGCAGCUAUCCUGAAAGCCUCUCCCAAAAAGGCGCCUGUUGCAAAGGCUGCCAUUGCAGCUGCGGCUGCUGCUAAUGGUAAAGUUCCACCCAAAAAGGCGACAGGACCCGCCAAGAAGGCUGCAGGCCAGAAGGCAGUACCUACUGCUAAAGGUCAGAAGGGUCAGAAGACCCCAGCCCAGAAAGCCCCUGCUUCAAAGACAGCUGGCAAGAAAGCAUGAGGCUGUAUAAAGGAA